AUUCACAUUUCACACAAGUGUAAACAAUAACAAGUUAACAACACAAGGUGUUGAAAGUUCAAACAUUAAAUAUUAUUUUAUUUCUUCUUCAAUUGCAAUUGUUAUUUAAGAGUAACUCACUUGUGUUAGUGUUUUAAUUUCAGUAUUUAUAACAAUUUACUAUGAACUUGGAAUUGUUAGAAUCAUUUGGUCAAAACUAUCCCGAAGAAUUCGAUGGAACACUAGAUUCUAUAUCUUUGGCAGCUACUUGCGCUUUUAAUCGUCGCGGUACUCUCUUAGCCGUGGGAUGUAAUGAUGGAAGGGUGUUUAUUUGGGACUUUCUCACUAGAGGGAUAGCAAAAUCCAUCUCGGCACAUGUUUAUCCAGUCUGUAGUUUAAGUUGGUCUAGAAACUGUAAAAAGCUGUUAUCAUCAUCAACCGACCACAAUGUGUGCAUAUGGGAUGUGUUGUCUGGUGAAUGUGAGCAACGCUACAGGUUCCCUACUCCAAUUCAGAGAGUUCAGUUUGAUCCUAGAAAUGACAAGCGUUUCUUGGUGUGUCCAAUGAGGCAUGCUGCACUGCUAGUGGAUACUGAUGGAGGACACAAAAUAUUGCCAAUUGAUGAUGAUGGUGAUAUAAAUGUGAUAGCAUCGUUUGACCGCCGAGGAGAUCAUGUAUACACCGGAAAUGCCAAAGGAAAAAUUCUAAUACUGGACUCACAGACUCUAACUGUUAAAGCCAGCUUUAAGAUAACAGUGGGCACAUCUAGUACUACAGGCAUUAAGAGUAUUGAAUUUGCUAGAAGAGGGGACUGUUUCCUGGUGAACACAUCGGACCGAGUUAUUCGAGUAUACGACACAAACACUGUCUUAAAGUGUGGCCUUAACGGGGAACCAGAGCCUAUACAAAAACUACAGGAUCUUGUCAAUAAGACGACAUGGAAGAAAUGUUGUUUCUCAGGCGACGGCGAGUACAUUUGCGCUGGCUCGGCGCGACAACACGCGUUAUACAUAUGGGAAAAGUCCAUCGGGAAUCUUGUGAAGAUACUGCACGGUACCAAAGGAGAGCUCCUGUUGGAUGUAGUCUGGCAUCCUGUGAGACCAAUCAUCGCGAGUAUAAGUGCCGGUGUUGUGUCAAUAUGGGCGCAGAAUCAAGUGGAGAACUGGUCUGCGUUCGCGCCCGACUUCAAGGAGCUGGAUGAGAACGUGGAGUACGAGGAGAGAGAGAGUGAGUUCGACGUGGAAGAUGAGGACCGCUCGGUGGACCAGAGCGGAGAGAUGAGAGAUGAUGAGGAGGUGGAGGUGGACGUGACGACAUGCUCUGCGGUGGCGGCCUUCUGCAGCUCUGACGAGGAAGGAGAGGAUGAGAAUCUCCUCUCGUUUCUUCCCAUCGCGCCAGAAAUCGAGGACCCGGAGGACGGGUGGGCGGCGACGCAAGAGACGGUCACGCCCACUGAGACUCCGGAGAAGGUGGAGCCGGCCGCCAAACGUGCCAAGAGCAAGACCUACGACAUCUCACUCACCAUCGACCCGCCAGACAAUACAAACGAACAGACAGCAAAGCAGCAAAAUAAUUGUACAGGACCAUGUCAUCCAGAAGCAUUUCAGGACUGGGAAACAGCUUUGAAAUGGUUCGAAAAACAGCCAGAGUAUGAUACCAACAACCACUUUCGUUCGGCGGCAAGAACAAGCAGACGGCGGGAAGCAAAAAAGUAGCCGGCAGACCGCGGAAAUGAUUGUAAUAAUAAACAUAUUUAUAUAAAUAA